CACCCUGCUAAAUUAACAAGCGGCAGUGACGUCAUCCCUGCAGCACCGGACAGGGCUGAGUCCUUUCAGGAACAACCGACCCGACUGACACGCAUCACAUCAACUACAGAGCAGCACAACAGCUCGACACAGCUUUCAUUUGUCACUUUGGAACUUUGUCACUUUGGAAUAACAUGGGCAACGUGCAGCCCACCGUGGUCCCAUUUGAGGACUUUGAUGUCACUGCUGAUAUCAAAGCUAUCAGGAAAGCUUGUAAAGGUUUCGGCACAGAUGAAGAGGUUAUUAUUGAGAUCCUGGCCAAUCGCUCUUCAGCUCAGCGUGUGGAGCUCAAGCAGGCCUACUUUGAGAAGUAUGAUGACUUGGAGGAGGUCCUAAAGAAGGAGCUGACAGGUAGUUUUGAGAAAGCCACCAUCGCCAUGUUGGAGCCUCCUAAUAUUUACUUCGCCAAGGAGCUGAGGAAGGCCAUGAAGGGGGCGGGCACGGACGAAGACGUACUGGUAGAGAUCCUGUGCACAGCCCCCAAUGAGGACAUCUUGAGCUACAAGCAGACUUAUGCCCAGGUGCAUGAGCGUGAAUUAGAGACAGACAUUGAGGAUGACACCAGUGGAGAAGUGAGGAGCCUGCUGACAUCACUGCUGCAGGCGAGCAGAGACGAGGGCUAUGAAGUGGAUGAGGAUUUAGCCGAACAGGAUGCAACAUCUUUGUUUGAGGCAGGAGAAGGCAGAUUUGGCACAGAUGAGUCCACCUUCACCUUCAUCCUGACACACAGGAACCACCUGCAGCUUCAGGCCACCUUCAAAUUCUACGAGUCGCUUUCAGGAACAGACAUUUUGGACACCAUUGACUCUGAAGCAACAGGAACUCUCAAGGACUGCUACAUAACUCUGGUCAGGUGUGCUAAGAACCCACAGCUGUAUUUUGCCCGGCGCCUUAAUGCCGCCAUGAAAGGAGCCGGCACUGAUGAAGACACACUCAUUCGCAUCAUUGUAGGCCGCUCUGAGAUCGACCUGGAGACAGUGAAGGACAUGUACCUGGAGAAAUACGAUGUUACCCUGAAAGACGCUCUGGAUUCAGAGUGUGGCGGAGACUUUAAACGCCUCCUCAUCCAGAUCCUGCACUAAAACUUCUCUCCUUUUUCCAGCAGGGCUGUAACAAAACAUUACGUAACAACUAAACGAAAUGUAGUUUUUCACUUUAUUGUGUCAUAAUUGUAGUAAUCUGCUGCAUUCUGAAGGCAAUAUGUAAGAAAAAUGUUCUGCAUUUUAAAAUGAUUUAAUAAAUAUUGCGGUGGUUGAUACAACAUUUAGGAGUUGCACUUUUUUUUUUUGAUAAUGUUAUUAUACAAUAACAAUCAUUAUGUAAUAACAAACCAAAAUGGAUGUUUUCAUUCAUAAAACAUUUGACAACAAUGUUUAUUAUAUGCAGUCAAGCAUGAAUCCUAUCAAUGCUACUGAAAGAGAUGUGUACAGAUGAAGAUAUGUGCAUGUGUUAUCACAUUUACAUAGAAAACUGCAACAUCUGCAUGUUGUUAUAACCACUGCAAUAUGUAAUAAUUUAUUACAAAAUGCAGGGAGAUUUAUAACCGAUUGUGUUCAAGCUGUUAAUUACAAAAUGCAGCAGAUUAUUACAACAGCAUUGUUAUUACAUAAUGUGUUACGAGGCCUCAUUUAACCAACAUGACAGUCUCUCCUCGUCUUCCUCCUCUUCUUCAAACUCUUUUUACGUUUUACUCUUUACUUUAUGGACGUCUUUCUGACAGUCUGUUCUCAUUGACUCAUGGACCAAAAACCAACUCCUUAUUAAAUUCUACAGUGUUUUACAUGGUUAACUUCACUCAUAGCCUUUAAAUACACAGUGUUGCCGAGAACAUUACUCUCAGUGGGAACUCACUUACUGUUUUAGUCCAAGGUGCUUUGAAUGUAUGUUAUCCCUUUGACAAUAUUGUGGCAGUAUUGUGCAACUUAUAUGGAACUUGUGCAGCUGAGCAUCAUGUUAAUGUAUUUAUCCAAAUAGAUAGUGUUAGUCGUUAUUUAUUCACAAUCGGCACCUUUUUUUUUAAAAUUCAUUCUAUAUUUCAGCUGUACCAUUUCAAGCAUAUGUUGUAAACAUAACGAGGCUGCUGCUCAACAUAAACUAUGUGGCCGCUUAUAUUUGUCGAUUUACUAAUUCCUGUCAUCAUCCAUUAACUUCACUACUAAUGCCUUUUAUAGCGAUGCAAUUUCCUUUUUGCUGCAACACUUAAGUGCCGAAUUAUCACGUUUGAUAUCUGAAAACAGUAGAGGAUUAAUUAUACAUGAAUAUGAUAUUACCCUGAUAUCAUAAGCCAAAACUCUUAAGUAUGCAGGAUUGGGUUUUUGUAGCUACAUCCCUAAAACGUUGUGGGACUUUUAACUCGGACAGUUUGUAGUCUUAUUUUUAGUCACAGCUAACAUGCUGCCUCUCACAUUAACUACGUUUACAUUUACUACAGUUAUAGUCCUACAUAAUAAUUGUGUAAAACUUUGAGAUGAUUGUGCAUUUAACAUCAUUAGAUGAUGAUAAUAAUAUUUAAAAACGUAUGUUCUGCUCUGUAACCCUGUAGUUCAAUCGUUGAUAAUGGACUGUCUGCAUCCAUGUAUGGAAUUGUAUCUUAACAAAUGUUAUUCAAAAUAACAUUACAGUAAUAUGAAUUACUAUCAUAUAUGGUUGUGUUGUCAAAUAAAUGCACUAAAGUAUAUGAAAGAAGUUGUAAUCCUGUUGUAAUGGCAUAAAAUAAUGUGGCGAACAUAUGCAGUGAUAAUAAAUAUUAACUCCA